GGGGAGACGAAGCAGCCUCCAGCCGCACCGGCCCCGCGCGGGGUCGUCGGCGGGGUCGUCGGCCGGCUCCCGGCGUCCGGGGGGCGGGGCGAGGCGUGGGCAGGGCCGUCGCGGCUUUGCGCGCGGGGCGGGGCAGGUGGCGCUGCGACAGCGGCGGCGGCUGACAGAGGCGCGGCGCGCGGCCCCCGAGCGCGCUAACGCGGUCCCCGCCGGAGCCGCGGCGUCCCCGGUGCGGCCCUCGGCCCCGCUCCCGACCCCGCAUCCCGCCGGCCCCAGGAUGGGCGCGCGCGCCUCGGGCGGGCCCCGGGCCCGGCCCGGGCUCCUGCUGCUUCUCCUGCUGCUGCUGCUCGGGCUCCUGGCCCCGGGCGCGCAGGGGGCGCGGGGCCGCGGCGGCGCCGAGAAGAACAGCUACCGCCGCACGGUCAACACCUUCUCGCAGAGCGUCAGCAGCCUGUUCGGCGAGGACAACGUGCGCGCCGCUCACAAGUUCCUGACCAGGCUGACCGAGAGGUUCGUGCUGGGGGUGGACAUGUUCAUCGAAACGCUGUGGAAAGUUUGGAUGGAGCUCUUGGAUGUUCUUGGACUUGAUGUGUCGAACCUGUCCCAGUAUUUCAGCCCGGCCUCGGUGGCCAACAGCCCGGCCCGCGCCCUCUUGCUGGUGGGCGUCGUCCUCCUGGCCUACUGGUUCCUGUCUCUGACGCUGGGCUUCACCUUCAGCCUCCUGCACGUGGUGUUCGGCCGCUUCUUCUGGAUCGCCCGGGUCAUCCUGUUUUCCAUGUCCUGCGUCUACGUCCUGCACAAGUACGAGGGGGAGCCGGAGAACGCAGUCCUGCCCCUGUGCUUCGUGGUGGCCAUCUACUUUAUGACCGGGCCCAUGGGUUUCUACUGGCGCAGCGGCCCCAGCGGCCCCAGUGUGGAGGAGAAGCUGGAGCACCUGGAGAACCAGGUCAGACUGCUCAACAUCCGCCUCAACAAAGUGCUGGAGAGUCUCGACCGCACCAACGGCAAGUGACAAUCAGCCAGCCGGCCGGGUCCCCCCGUACCAGCGCCCUGCCUCAGAAAGCAAAAAAGAAGAAGGAAAAAAAGAACAGCAAACCCCAAACAGUCCUAAUAAACAUUCCCGAGCAGGAACCGGGGGCGCUUUGCGAGGGUAUUUCCGGCCACGUGUCAACCCCUGAGACACGUUCCCAGAGGAAUGACAGGAUCGUUUUGCGGACCUACCCGCGAGGGGUCGUUAGUGGGGGAGGAAAUAUUUUUUGAAACAAAGGAUAUAACCAUAUUAGCUGUAUGGUAAGAGUUUAUCUGUGCAUAGUGCAUAAAGUUAAUUUUUUCAAGCACUUAAAUACAUCUUUUGUAAGGUUUUUUAAUAAAGGCAGAUCGAGUCAAGUUUAAUAAAACUUUACACUGAGGGGGAGAAUAUGCUAAUCGGACAUUUUAGACGAAGAGUUCCAGCGUCACUGUUUGUUGUCACGGCAUAGGGAUUGGUGGGUGAGGUCUGUGUGCGUUCUUCUCAUGUUCCAGAACCGUGAACUUCGUUUUGUGUCAUUUUUGGUUGACGGUGACUUAGCUGAUGGAUGUCGUCGUUUCUGGAUGUGGGUGGUUGGGGUCCAGGACGAAACUAAACAUCUUCUGGGUCCUCGUGACCCCAGCCAGGCCCCCGUCAAUUAUAUUUCUAAAUGGAGAAAGAGAUCGUUAUUCAUAGCAACCCUGAGAUCGUUUGUUUCUGUUUUUGUUUCUGUUUUUGUUUUUGUUUUCCCUUUCCGAAGUUCGAUGCCGAGAGCUACCUGGGUGAGUGCCAAAACUCCCCCUGUCCGGAGUCUAUCUGAUGCCCCGGUAUCACCAUUUGCCAGCUAGACUUGUAGAGAAAAGGUACGCUCUCAAGGGUUUUUAUUUGUGUCACUGUAGUGUGGGUUGACUCGGGACCUCGGAAUUAAAACAAACUCUAGCAGCUAAUAACAUUUUCAAGUCUCUUGCUGCUUAUAAGGCAUUCUCAGGAGCAGUAAGCAGCAAUAAACACGCCUUGGAGAAGAUCCGAAUUCUUUUUCCUGAAAUUUUUACGACACACGUGUUAUGUGCUUUCUGUGUGAAGUCCGUGGUGCCCUCAUUUUCGGCGGCGCCUCGGGGCAGAGAGGGACAUACCGGGCAGACGGCGAUGGGGGUCCUCGACAGGGGCGCCUUGCGAGGCUGGAUCAGGGCUCGAUGCACGCGGCCCAGUGUAGGCCCCCCCCACCAGGCCUGUUGGUAAGCAUCAGGCAACACAUGAACAAGGAAAGGGAGUUCUGGCCGCCACAAUCCUUCCCAGCCCACCUACGUGCCCCGGCGGCCCCCCAACAGAGCCUCUGUACGCAGAUUUGCAGACCCCCUCCCCCCCAGUUGGAUCGGGUAGAAUCCCACGGUCCACCCAUCGUUCCGGAGAAACACUCAGCUGUCUGCUAACUCCUGUGCGGUUUCCGUGAGGUUUGGAGCGGAUGUUUCUGAGAAUGUUUACGAAACCUCUGUGUGUGAGGUGCACGUAACGGGACCCAACCUUUGCAGCAUUCGGUUCGCUUCCUGAAACGCAUACGUGUUUUCCGGGGUCUGCCCCGGGGCAAGCCUUUCUCCGGGGACAUUUGGAGCCCGAAGCCGUUGCAGUCAGAAUCUUGGAGGCCAAUCUCUUUUAGCACAAGGGGUAUAAAAAAUAGCCCUGGGGAGGCCAUCCCGGCCUGCCUUCCUCUUGUGCGUUUGGCUCUGGUGCAUCGGGCGCGUUGAGAUCCCAAAACAUUGCUUUGCUCGUGUUGGCCAGGGCAGAACUGGCAUUCUCUGCACACAGCUUGUAAGUCCUAAACUGUCACCGGUCUGGAUGGAAUAUCCACUCUGUUCCCCCGGCCGCCUUCCCCCGCGAACCCUGAAAGGCACCGUGCUGUGUUGGGGUCGACAGGAAAACCGUUUUCACUUCCGGUAAACCAAGGGAGGCGCGUGCACCUGGGCACUGGCGCGCGGAGGCCGUAAGCAGCAGGUAGAAAUCGCUGUUGGUCACAUGCGCUGUUUCCACCCCAUUAGCCAAGGGUUGGGCUCUCUGAGGCCAACCUUGCAAUUUCAUGCACUGCGAUGAAAGACGGCUUUAUUUUUAAUGAAAGCACCUACAGUUACAAAGGAGUAUCACUUCCGGGCAGAACAUUCUUUGGAAUUCUGGUAGAAGCCAUGGACGUUCGGUCUGAACAACGCCUGCUUUUUAACGCAUCCAUUUGACUUUUGUUUUGGGGCCUCGUCUUAACCCCAAAUAGUUGGGGAUUUUGUUUUCUCUCUCUCCGCUCCACGGAAGCUUGUUAGGGUAUUUGGCCUUUCCCGCUACUCCCCGUGUGUUUCUUUUUUCUCUCUUUUGUACAUGGGAAAAAAAAAAAAUGUAUUUUUGUACCACAUCUCAUACCUGGAAGAGAAACCUUUUUUUAAUGUCUUCUGGGUUGUAGGACCUAUUAGGGCGACACUUCAUAUUCAGCGUGAUCUAAAAAACCCUGACAGAAACGACCGUGGAUGGGUUCGAAUUAAGACUCUGUUUUCUAGAGAUCUUAAACUCGACUAGUUUUUAUUUCCCAGUGCCUCAGUAACAACCAACGCCAAGGACAGAAAAGGAAAAGGACCGGCCGUCUCACAAUUGCUGGACUAGAGUGGAUCUUCUGGAGUCUGUGUUCAGAGGGACCUGUUCCCUGACGUGUUAGCAAAGACGCUUCCGUGGUACGUCAGCCCUCCACAAAGGCAUUCCCCGUACCGGUCAAGAUCAGCAUCCCCUGGCUUCCGGGGGCGGGGGGGGGGGGUGGGGGGGUGGGGGGUGGUUUGGCCUCAUGUUUCCGUGAUAACCCACAUCACUUCUGGGGGCAAAACGCAGCAACGGAAUUUCUUGAAAGCUGCUCUUGUGAACUGUGCCGGGGUCUCCAUUUACGAAGGUUACCUGGGUGACAGCACGGGGGCUAAUCCCGUUGAGAGAAGGUUCUUGGCACGGUUCCCUAAAGCACCUGGCCGCAGCAUGCCUUGCAGGGCCUCGCGAAGCCUCACACGGGGUCGGGACGCGGACUGGGUGUGUGUCUGGGCUCCGUCACCGUGGUGGGAGGAAGCAACGGGUUUGAACACGCCUUACCGGUGCCAGGCGCGGACGUGCAGGUUGGGGGGCAGUGGUCGGGAGGGUUGUGAUGUGACUUUGCACGCCCGUGAGGGCUGGCUCGGGGGGAAUGUGUAAACCACCUUGAUUGCCGGUCUGCCUCCGAUUCAGCGGCCUCACGGAGAGGUUAGGAAAAACACGCCAAAGCCAACGCAUCCAAAACACAGUUAAUACGCCUUGUCGUUAGCAGAAAUUCUGAACCGUUCCAUCUCUGUGCUUCCUGGUACUCCCCAAGAUGCUUUAGGUGAAGGACGUCGGGUAACUUCUCCCUGACGGGGUUCGAAUUGCCUGACUGAACCCAAAAGCCAGCUCCGGCCAUCCAGCUGGCUUGUGUUAGCAGGAAUUCCUAAGGCCCUGAGGUGUCACCCCCUCGUCCCCAAAUCAAAAUAGUAAUGAUAAUAGAUCUCCAUUCCACAAAGUUUUGUUUACGGUCCUUGGAGUCUUGGACUUUUUGCCCCUCACUUGUGAGUGGUGAGCGAUAGAAUCAUCUAUUUUUUGCGGGGUCUAACAUAGUACCCUUAAAAUUAGUAACGGACAGCCGUCGAUAGGAUAUACAGUCUCUGGGAGGAGCGGGCUUUGUUCAGCGUCUUGAGUUUUUUGCAGGAGACACAGCAGGACCAGUUUUUUCCCCUGUGGUGGCAUAAAAAGCUGAUGAUCAUUUGCAUCGUUUACGGGAAACCUGUGGCAGCUAACGGUGUCAUCGACCCUAUGUCCCCACGUCUUUUCGCAGAUUUCAAGGUUUUAUUGUGGUGUCAGCCUAACAGUCGCAUGUGUGUCCAAUCUCUGGGCACCGUGCAAUUCAACUGAUUUCUUGUGAUGGUGACGGUGAUUUGUGGUCACUUAAAAUCCAGCGAAGCAAUCCUUUAUUUCCCUCUGAACUGGAAAUCAUACUAGUGACGUAACGGUGUCCAUUAUCAAACAGUGCGUUCGUGAUUGAGUUCAUCCUUUGUGUAUCUGGUUAUCAAUUUUAUGCAGCAUUUGAUUUCACGCUUAAUCUAAACCCAUCGGAUUUGAAUACGCUGGUGUGCGUGUGUGUCUGUGCUGUGUGCACAUUUUCGUUGCCUAAAGCCUUGGGAAACUGAUUCUGUGAGUGUCGAAUAGAGACCUGAAUGUAUAAGGCUUCUUUUAUUUGCAAAAUGCUACAUACAUUCCUCUUAUUUAUUAAAUCACUGGCUUUAGUGUUCUGUAGAGAUAUUUGUAGACCGAUUUCAGAACAGAAUGAAAAUAUUGUGAAAAUUGCGGCUCAAUAAACGUUUAUUGUAA